AUGCCCCAGACUGUGUGCCCAGCAGCAGGCACCAUGUUCACCCCCAGUGGCUUCAGCCCCCACCUGGCCUCCACCUGCUCUGAGGCUGACCCGGUGAUCGAGGAUGAAGGGGGCCCUCAGGAGGCCCGGGGGCCUGGGGCUUGCCUGGCCGAAGGACCCCCCAUCACCUCCGCCUCCCUGGACACUCUCAUCCAGCACCUUGUGCCCACCACAGACUACUACCCAGAGAAAGCCUAUGUGUUUACGUUUCUGCUGAGUGCUCGUCUGUUCAUCUCUCCUCCUGAGCUACUGGCCAGACUCUGUGAGACCUGCAUCAAACAACAGCAGCUGGACCAGAGUCCAAUGGACAUGGCUAAAGUGAGGAAGUUUGGUCCCAAGAUCCUGCAGCUGCUAACAGAGUGGACAGAGACGUUCCCCACAGACUUCCGAGAGGAGAAGAUGGUGGGCCUGUUCAAAGACAUUAUCCACAGGAUAGCACCCUGUGAUGAGGCGUACUGGAAGACACUGAAUAAGGUGCUGCAGACCCUGAGCCAGAAGCUGGCAGCCAUCGCCCAGGGAGAGGAGUGCAUCGUCAAAGUGAACGCCUCCUCAGUCUCCUCAAUCUCUGACAAGCUGGUGGCCUUCAAGACCAAGUCUCCACCCAUCCAGAAGGAAAUGCUGUCUAUCUGCAACGACCCUUACACACUUGCACAGCAACUCACCCAUAUAGAACUGGAACAUCUGAGUCACAUCGGCCCUGAAGAGUUUGUACAAGCCUUUGUUCAGAAAGACAAACUGGUUAGCACUCAGCCGUGUUUCAGUGAGCAGAAGAAGAAGACCACUAACUUGGAGGCUUAUGUCAGGUGGUUCAACAGGCUGUGCUACCUGGUGGCCACUGAGAUCUGCAUGCCUGCUAAGAAGAAGCAGAGAGCCCAGGUGAUUGAGUUCUUCAUCGAUGUGGCCAGAGAGUGUUUCAACAUCGGCAACUUCAACUCCCUCAUGGCCAUCAUCUCUGGUAUGAAUAUGAGUCCUGUGUCUCGGCUGAAGAAGACCUGGGGGAAAGCCAAGACUGCCAAGUUCUUCAUUCUGGAGCAUCAGAUGGACCCUACUGGAAACUUCUACAACUACAGAACAGCACUAAGGGGAGCUGCCCACAGGUCCCAGACUGCUAAUAGCAACAGGGAGAAGAUUGUGAUUCCCUUCUUCAGCCUACUGAUCAAAGAUAUCUACUUCCUGAAUGAGGGAUGUGCCAACCGCUUGCCCAAUGGCCAUGUCCAUUUUGCGAAAUUUGUGGAGUUGGCUCGUCAGGUGGGAGAGUUUAUGACGUGGAAACAGAUGGAGUGUCCGUUUGAGACAGACAGGAGCAUCCUACACUACCUCCACACUGCUCCCAUCUUCAGUGAGGACGGACUCUAUCUGGCAUCCUAUGAGAGUGAGAGUCCAGAGAACCAGGUGGAGAAGGACAGAUGGAAAGCACUCAGAUCUAAUAUUCUGGGGAAGACAAAAGAGUUAAAAGAGCUAAGAGAGCACCAUGGCAGCUAACCCUCAGGCCAGCCCAGCGAGGGAGGGAGUCGGUGUACUGCACUACAACAAACUGUGAAGGAGCCUAGCUGGUACUUAGGUGUUUUUCUACACAUGAAGAAUAGAAACGAGGAAACAAUCAUGAUGAACAGGAUUCAUCACCAACAUGACCAGUAAAAACAAGAAAAGAAGAACAAACGUCAACAAGCGGUGAAAAGUGAAGCUAUCAUGGACACUGAUUGGAGUAUAAGGCCAUUACUUUUGUUUGGACUAUUGUACAUUGGCUACAUUGGGUACUGUAUGUUAGUGAGGGAUAGAUCUAUCCCUCCAUCUUGUUGCAUAUUUACUCUUUGGGCUCAUGUUUGCUACCGGAGUGUUCAGUUACAGUGACAGGGAAAUCUACUGCUUUUUGAAAUGAAAUUCCUACUGAAAUUGUUGUUAUAUUAUCCUAUUUCUCUAUCCUUUCUUUCACUCCCCCACUUCCUCACUCCCAUCCUCUCUCACACAUACACCCUAUUUGUGUUGUGUACGUUUUCUAUUGUACUGUAAGAAUCUGGUAAAAGUAAGAGUUACUAUGAUGUGAAGGGCACUGGCUUGCCCACUUACUGGCUUGCCCACUUGUGUUUGGUCCUCUAAAGACUACUAAUGACGACUACUACUGAGUACUUGCAAUGACUGGAGAGGCCUACAGCAUUAUAUCAUUCCACAUACAGUACAUAAAUACAUAGACUGCAUAGUGUUUGUCUGCAGGGCUGGCUACAGGCAUAAGCGGACGCUUAGGACACGCGGUCGCUAGGGGGCCCCCGGCCAAAACAUUUUGAUAAUUUAUUUUGGAACUCCAUCGGGGUCUCAACUUUCUAUUGAGAGUUAAACUAGUAUAGUACACCAGGUGCAAUUUAGAAAUGUGGUUGUGCAUCGACAGUGUUUCUCUUGUUAUGUCAGUCACUCAAUUACCUGACAAUUAGCCAUGCCAAUGUUUUGAUUGGUAGUAAGUCUCGCCAGCUAUCUAAACUUGUAAUAAUCAUGGCUGAAUAAUGGGGACCCCUCUCCAGGGGACCUCCACUGAUUUUGUUAGUCAUUAUCACUCAGAUAUCAUAUUAACAUGUCAUAAGUCAUGGCAAAAUAUGUAGAAUUGCAGGAAAUUUGCUUUAAAACUGCUAACCUUUCUCUCCACCCCAUUGGAAAAUGGGUAGAAUUGCAUGAAAUUAGGUGUAAACUGUAAAUGUUUUUACUGCCCAUGGCAAAAUGAGUAUAAUUGCAUUAGAUGUGUUGUAAAAUUGCACAAUUGUCUCUCCGCCCCAUGGUAAAAUGUGUAUAAUUACAGGAAAUGAACUUCAAAAGCAGACAUUUUCUCUCUGCCAUCAAGAGGGGAGCCACUAAAAUGUUUUGCCUCUCUUAGGGCCCCCAAAAGGCUAGAUUCAGUCAUCUGUGUGUG